GUCACAUUGGUCGGAUGAUAUCGGUCAGGGUUCGAUGAUUCCCACUUCAGACAAGGUGGACCUGGAAGCCUUCAGCGAGUUCACGAAGAUCAUGACCCCUGCCAUCACACGCGUGGUGGACUUCGCCAAGAAACUACCCAUGUUCUCAGAGCUGUCCUGUGAGGACCAGAUCAUCCUGCUGAAGGGCGGCUGCAUGGAGAUCAUGUCUCUGCGCGCCGCCGUGCGCUACGACCCGGAGAGCGAGACGCUGACACUGAACGGAGAGAUGGCGGUGAAGCGAGAGCAGCUGAAGAACGGAGGGCUGGGCGUGGUGUCGGACGCCAUCUUUGAUUUGGGCAAAAGCCUGGCUCAGUUCAACCUGGACGACUCGGAGGUGGCGCUGAUGCAGGCCGUGCUGCUCAUGAGCUCAGACCGCUCAGGACUCACCAACAUAGAGAAGAUCGAGCAGUGUCAGGAGGCGUACCUGCUGGCCUUCGAACACUACAUCAACUACAGGAAGCACAACAUUCCCCACUUCUGGCCCAAGCUUCUGAUGAAGGUGACGGACCUUCGGAUGAUCGGAGCGUGCCACGCCAGCCGCUUCCUGCACAUGAAGGUGGAGUGUCCCAACGAACUCUUCCCCCCUCUCUUCCUGGAGGUCUUCGAGGAACAGGAAGUGUGACUUUAGGAACGUUUCCACCACAACACCCCCUUUAAAAAGAACCCUAACCAUGGAAGGAAAUACAUUAAGGGGGGGUUAGCUGCGGUGAAAGAGCAACAGAAGUAGGACAAAAACUGGAAUUGACCUUUUUUUUUUUCAGUGGAAACGUACCCUGUGAACUUGGUUUUUUUGUCCUUAUUUUGUCACAAAACCCAGCACCUGCCACCAGCAAAAUCACAUCGACUUCACUUGAGCGAAAUACACACUGACAGGUACACACACACAGUUAAUAGAGUGGUGCAGGAAUGAGUCCCAUACUCCCUGCAAUGAAUCGGCAUUUUCGCACUUCUUGUUCCCUCUACUUGGAAGUCAAUGGUUUCCUGAAUGUGUUAUUGGUUCUUAUCCUGAUAUAAGGUCUGUAGUUAACACAAGCUGAAGAGAUUUAUAUUCUACGACACAUAUCAGUAAAUACCCCUCUGGUGGAUUUAAAAACGGAGGUUGCUAACAAGUGUCUAAAUGGGACGACUAUACGUCAUCAUGCCCAACAUUAGCCGCCUUUAGCUUAGCUUAAAAACGGCAGUUGCUAAUAAAUGUCUAAAUGAGACUUCAAAACGUCAUCAUAUUAGCCGUAAGUAUCAGAGAUUUUAGUAAUCCCAUUGGACCACAGGAGAUGCUGCCUUCAGGGGAAAUUGGACAUGCCUGCACCACUCUAUCAUAAGAUUCCUAACACACUGCCAGGACCGUACAGUGCAGAUAUAUGCAAACUCCAGCCUCCUCAGUUAUCUCCUGUUGCACCUGUGUGGACUAGCAGCUGCACUCUCGAUAAUGCAACCCCCCGUCUCCCACCUCAACCACAGCAAAGUGUUUUAUCUCUGGGACCUGACCAUCAACUCUCCUUAAUGGCGUCAUCCAUCUAAUCCCACCCAGUAUGAGUGUUUGUCUACCUACCUCCCCCCCACAUACUGACCUUCGUCUGGAACACAUCCAACACUCUGACCUCAUUAUGUAGACAGAUGUAUUUCCACAUUACUGAGUCUUCAGUUAAUGCUGGUGUGGUGGUAGGAGACGCUAGUGGGAACACUGGUAUGAAGCCUUUAUCUACAGUGUAGGGUUGGUCCUUUUGGUGGCAGCAGACUAAGAGUUAUUUAACCGAUUAGUCGUUAUUUUAUGCUUUUACAUGAGUCACACAGUCAACAAAAUCCUAUUAGCAUCAAAAUACUCGAUUAAGAAUGGACAGCGCUAACUAUUUAUGCUUUCAUGACACAUUGAGAUGCAUUAGAACAGCUGCAGUGUGCAUCCUUAUGUCGUAAAACUGCAGACAUAUUGGUAAACUUCAGCAUUUGAAGUGUUAUAUCAUUUUUUUAGAUUAAUAUCAAUAUGCUAACAUGUAAUUAUACAUUAUCAGCCUUUUCAGAAUAAAGUGCAUUGUAGCUAAAGGCUAAA